AGUAUCAUGAUUAUGAUUAUUACCUGCUAUUACCGAAACGUACCUAUACCAGCGCAUUUCAUCCUCUCCAUCUUACUUUUCCCUACUUACUCCUGAAGAGCACCAGUGUGCGGUGUGCCUACUACUACUUGCCCGUGACAUCCGUCUCAGCAAGAUUCCAUCUUCUGCCUCUCCCUCUAAUCAACUCGUUAUCAUCAUCUUCCUCUUCUCCUUCCCACAAUGCACGCCUUUCUCACUUUCGCUGCAGCUGCAGCAAGCCUCGCACUCGCAGAUGGCACCAUGGAUUCGUCUUCCGUGGGCAUCGACAUUAGCAAGAUCCCGCAAUGUGCCCUGCAGUGCGUGGUCGCCGCCGCAGGAACCACGAGCUGCUCCGUGACAGACACCUACUGUCUGUGCACUACGGGCGCCGAAGACAUCGUAAAGUCGCUGAUCCCUUGCGUGUGUGGAAGUACUUGCACGCCCGAUGAAGUGACUGGUGAGUGAAGGGAUCCAUCAAUCAUCCGUGCCUUGCUGCAGCAGCUGCAGCAGCUGCAGCAGCAGCACAACCCAUAUGCCUUCGAUAUGGCGGGCGAUGGACGAGUGGGAGCUGAUGAAGUGAAAUGUAGAAACCCUCAAAAUUUCCAACGGCAUCUGCGUCGCAGCCUUUGCCGCCAAGGGCGAGAAAUUCGACCCUCCAUCUCCAGAUCCACAACUCUGCGAAAAGGCCGCGGCAGGUCAACUGCCCACUCCCGCUUCCGGGCCGGCAUCGAACAUGUCGAGUGGUACCGGUCCAGAAGCUCCACCAUCCAGCUCGCCUGCUGGAUAUGCUGCAAACACCGAUAUGACUCCUUCCGCCACGUCGAAGAACGAUAUGAACAUGACGGAUUCGGAGAUGGCCAACAUGACCAAUACUACGUCGGGUAUGGGAUCCAUGGAAACAGGACACAAUGCCACCAAUGCCUCCGGCCCGGCACAGAGCACAGGUGGCGCUGCAAGCGUCGAGGCGGGUAUGAGGAUGGUCGGCACAGCGCUCGUCAUUGGAUUGGUGGGAGCUGCUUUGGCGACCUUGUAGGUCAAGUAAGGUACCGCGACCUUCAUUCAGUACCUGCUGAAAGUCAUUAUUGCGGAAAGAUUGUAGUAGUGAGCAGAGGAAUUGUAAUUAUCACUGGCGUCUUUUCACCCAACAAGAGCUUCGUCCCACUUGUCUCGCCACGCUGUAAAUUCGUCCUCUUGAGCUCUCCAGUCGAGCCGUGCGAGGUUGCUGAUUUCGCGUGCAUCAGCCACGCAUUUGUUCAACACUUGCUUCACCGCGUCUUCGUCCAGGUCGUAAAAGCCAGCUGCAAUGUCGUCGACAUCUUCUUGGAGGGCAUGCAGACCUUGGAGGAUAUGGUCGAGGUCCUGCACGCUUCGUGAAUCUUCCAAUGGCUUGGAUCCAAAUGUCUUGAAUCGUCUCUUUCCAAUGGCGGUGUAGAGGAACACAAUCUUCUUCAACUUCCCGGUGGCCACAUCGAGGAGCUCCUUCAAUUCUGGACGGUCUUUGGGGCAGCUGUUUGCAGCGUGGAAGAUGUCGUCC